AAACCCGAUAAACCAAAACCCGAAUGGAUAAAACCGAAACCCGAUUGGGACCCCGAAUGCCCAUGCCUACCAAGAACUGUCAACCAUCUUCAUAAUAUAUUUGUUUUUACAUCGAAAUUGAAUUAGAACAACCAAUAAAAUAUUUUUUUAUAAAAACAGAUCUCGUAGCUAAAAGAUCUGCACCAUCUUCAUAAUAUUGUUUACAAAUAACCCUUACAAAAACUUUUUUAACCCUAAAAACAUAAGGAGCCGUCGGCAGGGCCCGCAUGAUCCUUUCCAACUAUAGCUACCAUUGCUAUAACAAUUCAGAAAUAGAUUAUCUUUUAAUAACAUGAUCCUUUUAAGAAAUACUAAAAUAGAAAAACGUUAUAAUUAAUUUUAUUAGCAGUAAAGAGGUUAAUUUUGAGGUCUAGAUGGAUUAACCAUCUCAUUUUAGAGCCGUCGGCUAGAGUGUUUAUUUAGAGUGCCUGAUUAAUGAGAUCAUGGUAUUUUAAAGCAAUACAAAACUUACAAACGCCAUAAGAGACGGACAUAACACAUGGACACUAUAUUUAUCCACAAUUUCUGAUUAUCUUAGAGAUAUUUAUGGGAUUUAAGAAACCAUUUGACCGGUCUUUUUAGUUCUUCCUUUCACUGGAAAACAAAGAAUUUUCAUUGAUAAAAAUUUGUUCCAGAUGGAUGCACAAGAGGAGACUUGGCAUAAAGGGAUGUUGGAGGACCAUAUGAAAAGAGAAGAAAUGGGGAAAAAUAUGAUUUGUGAUGUAAGUCCACAUAUAAUGUUGAACUCACGCGGUGCCUGGGAGAAACUGGCUUCUGGAUCUGAAGGAUUACCAUUCUGGGAGUACCCUCUUCCUAAACUAGAGAUCAUAAUUCUCUCCACGUUCAUAUCCUGGCGUUUCUUUGAUAUCUUGUUCAAGAAGUUAGGUGUUCCUAUUCCAAGGUUCACCUCCAUGAUGCUUGUUGGGGCAGUCUUAAGUGAGUCGUUUCAGCCGAUGCAGAUGUCAUGGUUUCGACACAUUUUUAUCCCUGACGAUUAUAUGCCAAAUGUUGCUGAGACCAUUGGUACAUUUGCUUUUACUCUAAAUUGGUUCCUAAGAGGUGUGACUACAAAUGUUGGCAUGCUAAAAAAGUCCAAAACUAAGAGUACUGCAAUUGGAGUCACCUCAAUGAUAAUCCCAUGGUAUAUUGGAAAAAUCGUUUAUUCAUCUAGAGAGAAAUCAAGUAUCCUAACCAUGACCCGUAUGGAGUAUUCAAUAAGUAUAUUCACCAUGAGCAUGGCGCCAUUCACUUGCAUCAACAUGCUCCUUACCGACCUCAAAGUAGUUCACACUGAGUUCGGUCAAAUCGCUCAGUCUUCAGCAAUGGUAAUCGAUGUACUCGCUUUUUGCAUGAGCGUAUGGGCUAACGUUAGCUACAGUUAUAGAAUUGGUAUACGGAUGGGAGUUGCUUUAAUGAUCUUCUUUGUUUUCUUGUACCUUGUGCGACAAGCAAUGCUUUGGGUGGUUAGACAUACACCAGAGGGAACACCUGUGAAAAGCAUUUAUCUCUACAUUGGUCUCUUGCUAGCUUACUUGUCUCACAUUUACUGGACUCGCUUCUUGUUCUUCGGACCGUUGGGUGCGUUUGUUCUUGGUUUGGCUAUCCCAGACGGACCACCAUUAGGAUCGGUCUUUAUAAAAAAGUUCGACAGUUUCAACGAGGGAAUUUUUUUACCACUCUUUGGAUCAUUUACCAUGAUGAAAUUAGAUUGGUCAUUUCUAAUAAAGGAGAUUGGAAAUGGAAAGUUUCUCCAUGGACAUACCUAUGAGUGUUUUUCAUUCCUUCUCGUCUUAUACGUAGCGAAGUUCGUGACUUCUUUCCUCUCAGCCAUAGCUGCAAGGAUGCCUUUGAGAGACUCGGUUAUUCUAGGUAUCAUUAUGGGCACAAAGAGUAGUUUCGAGCUGGCUUACGUGCUCCAAGCCUUCGAAAAAGAGAUAAUUAGUUUGGAGAUUUUCUCGCUCCUGGGCAUAUACAUUCUCGCAAACUCUUUGUUAACACCGAUGGGUAUACAUUUCUUGUACGACCGGGCCAAGAGAUUUGCAUGUUAUGGGAGAAGAAGCUUGAAACAUAAGUCGGAACUACAAUUGUUGGUGUGCAUCAACAAGCCUGACAACAUAACAUCCAUGAUCAACCUUCUAAGAGCUACUGCACCAUCUAAAGACUCUCCAGUGUCGUGUUGUGUUCUUCACUUACUUGAGCUUGUGGGUAAAGCUACUCCCACGUUUAUCUCUCACCAGCUUCAGAAACCAAAGCCUGGAAGCAGAUCUUACUCGGAAAAUGUCAUAAGCUCCUUCCAACUGUUUCAAGAGAUUAAUCAGGACUACACAUCUAUACACAUCUUCACCUCUUUAACUUCAGUUAAAGAGAUGCAUGAACACAUUUGUUGGUUUGCUCUUGAUAAAAGUUCAUAUCUUAUUCUCCUCUCUUUUCACCGCACUUGGGGGGCUAAUGGUUAUGGCGUUACCUCGGACGAUCAAACACUGAGACAUCUUAAUCGUAAUGUCCUGAAACGAGCACCUUGCUCGGUCGGAAUCCUUGUUUAUCGUAAACCAUUAUGGCAACCCAAAUCCAUAGAAUCUCCAUGCAGGGUGUGCUUGGUUUACGUGGGAGGGAACGAUGACAAAGAGGCGUUAGCAUUAGCAGACCACAUGAGAGGCAACCAGAACGUGAGUAUAACGGUGCUGACUCUGAUCCCUAUCUCUAAAACCGAGGAGGGCAGCGAGUCGAGUCAGAGUCAAAUGGUAGACACUUGCCAGGUUGAAGAGAAGCCUGGAGAUAACUCCAUCACGUACAUUGUUAGAAUGGUGGAGGAUGGGAAUAAGACUUCCGAGAUUCUGCACUCAGUGGCUUAUGACUAUGAUAUGUUUUUGGUCGGAAGAAGUAGCGGGAUGGGUACUGCGGUCACCAAAGGACUAGGGGAUUGGACGGAGUUCGAUGAACUUGGUGUCAUUGGUGAUUUGAUAGCAUCCGAAGAUUUUCCUUCUAGAGCAUCCGUCUUGGUUAUCCAACAACAAGAGUGAGCUAUAGAGUAGUGGCCUUUUCCUUGAAAUCAAAUUGGCUUCAAUCUUUGUUGAGAUUGAGAUCAUUUAAUUACGACCAAGAAAUGUAAACUGGAUCUUGUAUUUUAUAUAUCCAGAGGACUCUCAAACGUAGAUUGCUCCUUCUUGUGUUGUAAUGAUUAUAUAGAACACAUGUAUAGUGGGCAAGAGGUGUCCUUGGAACAGUUAUAUGAAAUGAAACAAGAUAUGCAAUUUUAUCAAAAACCUUCUAUUUUAAAAUAAUUAAUCAAAUUUUUAAAAAAUUAUUUUUAAAACUAAUUUAUUAUUUAUAAUACUAUGAUACUUUACAUAAACGAUCACACAACUAACAAUUUUACCCAAAAAAACCUAACA